UGUCAUGUCAAGGGAGAUCCCCAGCUAAAGCUGAUACUGAGAAAUGGCCGAGAGUACAGAGCUGAGCUAUCUAAAACCCAAGAGCACUGGUUGUGAUAAUAAUGACUUUGAAGAGCUGCAGGAUGAAGAGGUUGAGCAAGCAAAGAGAGAUACUACUGCUGAUAGUACUGGGUUGGGACGGUUCCUCUUCAGGGGAGUGACUGGAGCUGUUGAUGCCGCUGUGGCUUCUUUUGGUGGAUUUGGAAGGAAGAAUGGCCCAGAUGGCACUGCAGGCCCAGGCAAGAAGGAGACUACAACAAUUGUCGUUAAAGAACCUCAAUCACACAAGCAAACAACCGCGGAAAAGCGAACCGGACCUCAAUUACAAGGAGAAGCUGACCCUUUGGACGUUGCCUUUCAGCAUUCAGCAGAGCUACAACAGAAGAACGCUGAACUCACAAAGCAUUUGUCAAAUUAUGAAAUACAGAAGAAGCAAGAAAUCAAUGAUCUCAAAGCAGAUUUGAAAGAGUUGCAAAAUGCUGUGACUGUUUUGAGCAGAGACCUUGAGAAAAAGGACAAGAAGAUUGUCGAGAUGAAAACGUUAGUUCAAAAACUCUCUGACAAGAAGCGAGAUGGGUCAUCAGAACUUGCAAGGGCUCUCCAUAAAAAAGAUACUAAAAUUGAAACGCUAACACAAUUACUUCAAACAGAAAAAGGCAAACUCAAGGUUACCUCUACUGAGGUAAAAGAAAAGCAAAAAGAAUCUGAAGAGUACAAGAAACAAACUCAAGAACUUUCCAACGAGCUAAAGAAAACUAAAUGUGAACUGGGCGAUGCUUUUGUAGAUAUCACCUUUGAGAAAGACAGUAUUAGCCAUUCGGGUGCUACUCACGACACAACCCAUACACAAAAUAAAGAGGUGCAAGAAUUAAGUGAAGCGAUGCAGUCAGAGCCAACAGAAUCGCCUGGUGAAUCAGUUGCAUUGGAGAAAGUAGACAAGUUACAAGAAGCACUUCAUGAGAAAGAAACGCAAUUAGCCGAUCUAGAAAAUCGAUUGAAAGAGUAUGAAGCUAAGGUGCUUGAAAUGGAGCAAGUCAGAGAUCACUCAAAGAGUCAGAGCAAGGCUAUGCUGGUAGUGAAACAAGAGCUGGAUGCAACCAAGAUGUCACAUGAUGAUCUUGUGCAAUACAUUGGCUCCAUGGAACGUCAGGUUGCUGAUACAGAGACACACUGUCGUAAACUCGAGGCUCAACUCAAUGGUGCCGAAGAAAAUUACAACAUUGCACAGCAAGCAUUGAGGGACACUAAUGAAGGUUUGAAGGCUGAGCUUGAAAGUGUUAGAGAGACCCACUCUAAGUUGUCGACCACCAACAGUUCACUGGAGGCUCAACUAUUUCAGGCCCAAGAAAAGAUAGAUAAUUUAUCUGUCGAGAAAGAAGCAUUCGUACAGGAGCGAGCAGUUCUGAAACAAGAGAUUGUUGACCUUCACGACAAGCUGGCAAUCGCCACAGCAGAGGCUGAGCUGUACAAAGAAGACUUUGAGAAUGAGAGGAAAGAUAGGGAAAAAGCUCACGAUCUUAAAGAAGAGAUGAGAUUUGCUUGUGAUGAGAAGGUUCACGCAAUGGCAAAGGAACGACGUGUGUUUGAGGAAAGUAUACAAAAUCUGACAAGAAAACUUGAAGGGAUGUCUAAUGAAAAGGAAGACUUACAAAAAAAGCGAGAAAUGAGAGCAACGAGAACAUCUACUAGGCAGCACGAGCUUCAACAGAACGACAAACAGAUCCAUGAGCUUCAAGAGCAGCUCUACGAAGCACGCCAGAAGGCCAUCACAGCUCAAGAAGAAGUUCAGGCAAAGACAGCUCAGGUCAAACAGUACAAGAAGAAAGAUGACCAACGGGAGGAAAAGCUCACCAGUCUAGAUUCGAGGAACCAGGAACUACGUCAGGAGAUGGAGAGGGUCAGGGGUGAACUGGUAAAGGCGAAAACUGAGAGCGCAAAUUUACUAAAGGAAGAGAAAAAAUCAAAUCAAAACGAAAUGGAGAAAGUUCGCCUGGAGCUGGAAAGAGCUCUCAAAAAGACGUCAAAAUCUGACGCCCAUGAUGAACUGCUGAAGGUGCAACUGGACAAUAAUGUUCCUGUCAAACAAGAUAUCUCAGACAUUGGCGACCCCACCACUAUACCAAGAUUCGUUCCGAGCAACCAGCAACCACCAACCAUGCCUAACGUGAACAUUUUUCCUCCUACAACGCAGGACAACUAUAACCCACAACCUGAGGCUAGACUUGUACCCAACUCGCCAACUGAAGGUCUCCCGUCUAUAAAUUUUGACGACCCUAGGCCAGCUCAUGAUAUAAGGGUCGAGGUAAAUGGUUUUCGAAAUGCUGCCGGCCGAAACGAACGGCAAUCGUCUACUGGACCACAACCCGAUAAUAACAUCCGCUUUCCUCCGGGCUUGAAAGUAAAGCAAAGUCAUAGUAGUGCCCCUAGUAGCACCAAUUUAGCGCUAUCGGAACAAGUGGCUAGCCCCACUGAUGCCUUAAAUAGAAUGUCACUGGUUUUGGGCGAUCAACAGUUGGAGAGACCCUCCAAUAUGCCUUCCGAUUUCAAUCAAAGCCAUUACCCUGCUAACACUCACCAAGGAGGUGGCUAUCAAGAUCCAGUUAACAAUUUUCAGGGUCAAAGUGGCUUUGAUAACUUGCCACAAGAUCAGUAUCAGAAUCAGUCACAACCUGGACAGCCACGGAAUGUACCACCCAGUAACCACCCCUCUCAAUGGCCGAACCAGCAACCAUACCUGCAAGACCAUCACUACCAGCCUGGUCCUCCUCAGUAUGAACAGCCACGAUCACCACACUAUAACCCACAGCAACAGAAUUAUGGACCACCAAAUAAUCAGCAACAAAAUCCUCACUGGUGUAACCAUGGUCAGCAAUACCCUAAUUCUCAAUGGGAGAGCAACCAACAAUACCAAGGUGCCGGACAACAAGCAUUCAACUAUCCUAGUGAUGGACUGCAACCUCAGCAGUACAACACUCAAACUCCAAGCAACUUCAGAGAUGAUGACGCCCAUUCCCCUGUUUUAAAUAACCAUAACUCUUUGUCUGAAAACGCCUCUAAUUCCAAUCCGAUUCCAUCAAACAUUUCUUCUCGGCCAUCCAUUAACGGGUAUGGUGUGGAUAUGAGCCCUGAAAAGCCAAAACCAAAACCACAAGCUCAUUGUAAACCAGACACUCCCUCACCAGUUUCAAAUCCACAACAGCUCAAUCCGAAUCGUACCGAACUUCUUGUCAAACCCAAUGGCCUGCAAGACGGCAUAGAUCGAGAGAUUAGCGAGGCAGCUGAUGCAGUGAGUCAGGUGACAAGGAAGGAAGGAGAGAGGGAGGGUGCUCCACUAGACCCCAACCUGGUCUGUCCAAUGUGUAUGAAGCAGUAUCGCAUCGGAGAGAUACAACUGUACAGAGCUCACGUCAACAAGUGCGAUGGAACUAGACACUAGACACUGAUUGUAUUAAUGAUUUCCCCAGUUUUUCUAGGUACAGUCGGAGUGCAGUAAGUAUAGCCAUUUCUGCAUUACCAUGCCUAGGCUACUGUACCAGUUUUGUUGUAUACUUGUCUCAUGUAUUCAAGGCUUUUUUCACUUAUUUGUUGC